GCGAGCAGGAGGUCGUGGGCUCGGGCGCCGGGCUGGAGGCUGAGUUUAGGUGCCGAGUGGUUUGUACUCCCUGAAGCCAAUGGCCGACCUGCAAGCGUAAUCCGCCCCAGCGCCUCGGAUGCGAGCGGGUCGCUUUCUGGCCCUCAGGGACUCGUGGUCGUCAUGCUGUGAUGCGCGCCCGGCGGGGACCUGAAGCUUACGGAAAGUGUGGUUGUGUUUUUGGCCAGAUCACCUACCCAGCUGGACCUCCCUGCGUGUUGGACAUGACCCAGCCUCUCCAGUGGGCCAGGUAUCACUGGCGGCGGCUGACCGGUGGGGCCAGCAGGGAUGGGGACACGAGGACAUACAACUACUCGUCGCUGCUCGCCUGCGGGGGCAAGUCCUCUCGGGCCCCCAGGCUGGCGGGAAAGCACCGGGUGGUGGUCCCGCACCUCCAACCCUUCCAGGACGAGUAUGAGCAGUUCUCUGGCGCCUACAUGAAUAACCGAAUACGAACCACCAAGUACACGCUUCUGAACUUCGUGCCAAGAAACUUGUUUGAGCAGUUUCACAGAGCCGCCAACUUGUAUUUCCUGUUCCUAGUUGUCCUGAACUGGGUGCCUUUAGUAGAAGCCUUUCAAAAAGAAAUCACCAUGCUGCCUCUGGUGGUGGUCCUUACCAUCAUCGCGAUUAAGGACGGCUUGGAAGAUUACCGAAAAUACAAGAUUGACAAACAGAUCAACAAUUUGGUAACUAGAGUCUACAGCAGAAAAGAAAAGCAGUAUGUUGACCGAUGCUGGAAAGAUGUGACCGUUGGGGACUUCAUUCGCCUCUCCUGUAAUGAGGUCAUCCCUGCAGACAUGGUCUUACUCUUCUCCACUGACCCGGAUGGAAUCUGUCAUAUUGAGACUUCUGGUCUUGACGGAGAGAGCAAUUUAAAACAGAGGCAGGUGGUUCGGGGCUACGCAGAGCAGGACUCUGAAGUCGACCCUGAGCAGUUCUCCAGUAGAAUAGAAUGUGAAAGUCCAAACAACGACCUGAACAGAUUCCGCGGCUUCCUAGAACAUUCCAACAAAGAACGCGUGGGUCUCGGUAAAGAGAAUUUGCUGCUUAGAGGAUGUGCCAUUAGGAACACGGAGGCUGUCGUGGGCAUCGUGGUGUACGCAGGCCACGAGACCAAAGCCAUGCUGAACAACAGCGGCCCCCGGUACAAGCGCAGCAAGUUGGAGCGAAGAGCCAACACCGACGUGCUCUGGUGUGUCCUGCUGCUGCUCACGAUGUGUCUCACUGGCGCACUGGGUCACGGAAUCUGGUUGAGCAAAUACGAAAACGUGCUCUUUCUUAAUAUCCCGGAGCCCGAUGGCCAUGUCCUGUCCCCGGUGCUGGCAGGGUUCUAUAUGUUUUGGACCAUGAUCAUUUUGUUACAGGUCUUGAUUCCCAUUUCUCUCUACGUUUCUAUCGAAAUCGUGAAGCUUGGCCAAAUAUAUUUCAUUCAAAGCGACGUGGACUUUUACAAUGAGAAAACGGAUUCUACUGUGCAGUGCCGAGCCCUGAACAUCACCGAAGACCUUGGACAGAUCCAGUACCUCUUUUCUGACAAGACGGGAACCCUCACUGAGAAUAAGAUGGUUUUUCGAAGAUGCAGUGUGGCCGGAUUUGAUUAUUGUCAUGAAGAAAAUGCCGCCUUCAGCAGCCCCAUCGAGACAGAUGUGGUACCAGACACCAGGCUUGCAGACAAGUUCAGUGAGGUCACACCUCAGCUGUUUACCCCGCGAGAGGAGACCACCCCAAACGCACCAUGGGAGACCUUGUGCAUCGUCGACUUCUUUAUUGCUCUAGCCAUCUGUAACACAGUCGUGGUUUCUGCUCCCAACCAGCCUCGCCAGAAGGUGGGGCUCACCUCCCUGAGCGGCAUGCCCAUGAAGUCCCUGGAGGAGAUCAAGAGCCUGUUCCAGAGGCUGUCGGUCCGCAGAUCGAGUUCCCCGUCCCUGGCCUGCGGGAAGGAGCCAUCGUCAGGGACCCCCAACCCCUUCUCCAGCAGACUCUCCCUCUUCGCCCGGACCAAGCCGGCCUCGGCCGUGGAGGACGAGGGCGCCCAGGACUCCAGCCCAGCCCGCUGCACAGACCCCGAGGCCUGCAUGGACCCCGAGGCGGGCCUGCCGGGGGGCGCCAUGCCUGGACCCCCGGCCGCCGGGCUGUGCUACGAGGCCGAGAGCCCCGACGAGGCGGCGCUGGUGCACGCAGCCCGGGCAUACCGCUGCACCCUGCGGGCCCGCAGCCCCGAGCAGGUCACGGUGGACCUGGCCACCCUGGGGCCCGUGACCUUCCCGCUGCUGCACAUCCUGCCGUUCGACUCGGUGAGGAAGAGGAUGUCGGUGGUGGUCCGGCACCCGCUCUCCAACCGCGUGGUGGUGUACACCAAAGGCGCCGACUCCGCGGUCAUGGGGCUGCUCUCCGAUGGAUCCAGUGUGGAAAAACGGCAGCUGGCGAUACGGGAGAAGACCCAGCGGCACCUGGACCACUACGCCAGGCGCGGACUGCGCACCCUGUGCAUAGCCAAGAAGGUCAUGAGUGACGCUGAGUAUGCAGAGUGGCUGAGGGAUCACUUUCUAGCUGAAACUAGCAUUGACAAGAGGGAGGAGCUGCUGUUCGAGUCCGCCAGGAGGCUGGAGAACAAACUGACAUUACUUGGGGCUACUGGCAUUGAAGACCGCCUGCAGGAGGGGGUCCCUGAGUCUAUCGAAGCCCUUCACAAAGCUGGCAUCAGGAUCUGGAUGCUGACGGGGGACAAGCAGGAGACGGCCAUUAACAUAGCCUACGCCUGCAGACUGCUGGAGCCCGACGACAAGCUCUUUGUCCUCAACACCCAGAGUCAGGACGCCUGUGAGUCGCUGAUCGGCACGAUUCUCCAGGAACUUCAGAAGGAGCAGCCUGCGUCUCCACCGCGAGCUUCAUUAAGCGAGGAUCUCCUGGAGCCUCCUGUCCCCCCGAACUCCGGGCCGCGGGCUGGCCUCAUCAUCACGGGGAAGACCCUGGAGUUUGCCCUGCAGGAGCAUCUGCAGAGGCAGUUCCUGGAGCUGGCGGCGUGCUGCCGGGCUGUGGUCUGCUGCCGCGCCACGCCCCUGCAGAAGAGCGAGGUGGUGAGGGCGGUGCGCAGCCACCUCCGGGUGAUGACGCUGGCCAUCGGUGAUGGUGCUAACGAUGUUAGCAUGAUACAAGUGGCAGACAUCGGGAUAGGCAUCUUGGGCCAAGAGGGCAUGCAGGCUGUGAUGGCCAGCGACUUCGCCAUCUCCCAGUUCAGACACCUCUGCAAGCUCCUCCUCGUCCACGGGCACUGGUGCUACACGCGGCUCUCCAACAUGAUCCUCUACUUCUUCUACAAGAAUGUGGCCUAUGUGAACCUCCUUUUCUGGUACCAGUUCUUUUGUGGGUUUUCAGGAACCUCCAUGACUGACUACUGGGUCUUGAUCUUCUUCAACCUCCUCUUCACAUCCGCCCCUCCGGUCAUUUACGGCGUCUUGGAGAAGGAUGUGUCUGCAGAGACCCUCACACAGCUGCCCGAGCUCUACAGGAGUGGCCAGGAGUCGGCGGCGUACCGUCCCCUCACCUUCUGGAUCACCUUGCUGGACGCCUUUUACCAGAGCCUGGUCUGCUUCUUCGUGCCUUACUUUACCUACCAGGGCUCCGACAUCGACAUCUUCUCGUUUGGAAACCCGCUGAACACGGCUGCUCUGUUCGUCAUCCUCCUCCACCUGGUCAUCGAAAGCAAGAGUUUGACGUGGAUCCACCUGCUGGUCAUCGCCGGUAGCGUCCUGUCUUACUUUUUCUUUGCCUUGGCGUUUGGAGCCCUGUGUGUAACGUGCAACCCGCCCUCCAGCCCCUACUGGAUCAUGCAGGAGCACAUGCUGGACCCGCUGUUCUACCUCGUGUGCGUCCUCACCGUCUGCACCGCUCUCCUCCCCAGGUUUCUAUACCGCGUUCUUCAGGGGUCCUUGUUCCCAUCUCCAAUUCUGAGAGCUCAGCACUUCGACAGACUGACACCAGAGGCGAGGACCGAGGCUCUUAAGAAGUGGAGGCUGUCUGAAAAGAUGUCAUCGAAGCCCGAGGACCAGGCUGCUGGGGGGUCGGGAAGAAGCCCUGGGUCUAGCCCUCCCUCUGCCUUUGCAAUGACGUCAAAAACAUGUGCUGUCGAACGAGGACACGGACCUGUCCACGAAACUGCUCUCGACCUAAGCUGAAACCCUGCCCUCAGAGACGGUGGGCCACGAAAGGUGAGGAGAGUGACACCUUCCUCCAAGUGCAACAGUUCUUUCCAGUGUGGACAAGGGACCUCGAAGGCAUCUCAGCCAGACAGUGGCUUCUGUGUUACGGAGCUUGGAAGAGCUGGGUGAUGACCAUGGCUACCCCACUGUAUAUGCGUUUGGCCAAGGGUAGCUUUUGAUCUGGACAGAGUUUAAGGAAGUGAAAUAUUUAAUGCAACGUCAAAUGCUUUUUAUGAAACUUUCUGGAGUUUGUAAAAGCAUUUUCAUUUGUCUUAGAAAUGCCAACAUUUUCAAGAGGAUUAUUUGAGAUAUAUUUAUUUUAUUCUUGGGAAAUGUUUUCAAUGAUCAGGUUCCAAUGUACCUUUCAUUUUAAUGAAGGAAAAAAAAAAGUUGUUUUUAGGUCAGUUAUUGAGAACGCAAAGGAAAUUUCCAUGUGGCUUGGCGAAUUUACAGGUAAAUUCCCAAGAACCUUUUAAACAGCAUGUCCCUGGUAAAGGGUCAUGAUGGUACUGUUUAAAAUGUAGCAGGUGACUAGUAAGAGCUCGUUAAUUCCUUUGGAAAGAUACCUCUGGUCUCUGACGGAUGGCAUAGCACCUCUCAGCUCCUGCCAGGGUUUUCCCCAGGUAGAGCCACAUGAGCAGGAACAGGAGGGGUCCCAUCAAUACCAGGAACGUGCUCCUCGCUCAGCCUCCACUCAGAAGACCUUGUGUGAGGUCUGCCUCUGUGUUCAUGCUGUUGGUCAGGAAACAGGCGCCAGAUCCAGAGCUAGAACUGGCACCUACAGCCCACGUGACAAUCUGUGCCCACGUGACAAUCUGUGUUCUGAAACUGACGAGCCCCUCCACCACCCGGUACAGCCCAUUCCAGAGCAAUCUUCCAGAGAUCGCUUGAAGGUUCGUGGUUCUUAUAAUACCCCGUAAUUUUGCUGGUGCCAUAGUCUUUAAAAGUGAGCUAUGACUUGAGACGAAUACAGGAUGUUCUCAGGAGGUUUUUCCAUGAGGUUUUUAGAGAAAUGUGUGUUCGAAUCCGUUUGAGAGCAGGGCUGUCCAUGGCCAGUUCACUGCUGCUGCAGAUCAUGUACGCUGGCUUGAGAUGGCAGCGCUGCUGCUAGAAGAUCGUGAUUCCUGUUGCAGUUCUUCAAGUUCUCUCUAUUCAUCUGAAAGGUGUUGGCCUCCAAUCACCCAGAAUUCCUUUGUGAGUCCUCACGCCACCACGCAAGGUCCGUGUGCAGCGUGGAGCAUGGAGCGUGGAGGUCUUCGUAACGACUAGUGAACAUUGCUCUCAGGGCCUGCUCUCCCUGCCGCCUCCUACCCGGGCCUGACAUUUUCUGUAGCCCUCUGAUACCGUGGCCACUAGUCUGUUGUGAAAUAGACUGAGUUUUAGAGUCCUCCAAACCCCGCGUGGGCAAUGGAAGUCACAUUCUGCUCUCCUUUGAUUUUUUAAAACUAAACUGUCGAACAGAUCACCUGCACUGACGAACUGUGGUCGCUCUCGCGGGUAGGCACAGACUCCAGCUGUGGCUGGUUCCAGAGCGUAGCCGGAAGGUCCCAGCACACACCGCCCACCAGCACGCCACCCUCUGGCCUUUUCUAAGACGGCAGAGUUACUGAGGUGCUCCCACGUGUUCCCCUGGUGGCCGGUGGUGGUCACUCCCUACAGUCGUCCCUUUCUGAUAGAUAAAAAUUUAGAGCUACGUCACUUGCAAAUAAAAGUUUAGAAGCUAAGGAUAAAAAAAAAAAAUAAAAAAUAAAAAAGUGAGCCAAAACUUCGAUGAAAAAAAAGGUCAGCUUUCAAAACAUGAAUUAUCGUA